GCUUUAAACGAAGAAGAGACUGUUCAGUUGAGAGCUGUGGAUUUUGCCGCAAAAAAAAACAAAAUGGCAAAGUUUGAGUAUUUAAAUACGUUUUUUACUGAGCGUCUGUUAGCUGUCGCGGGAGAAUUAUUUCAAGUAGUUACGGACAUUAUUACCGAGUACCAGGAGGAAACAGACCGAACCAAACAGGAAAACAUGUACCUGAAGAAAAUGCUAACAGCAGAGCGAUUGGCUAACGGACGAGAUGGUUCAACUAAUCAAGCAGUUCCCCAGGAGCUGCCAAACAUCUCCCAUGGACCCCUGGAUUCAAAUUCCUCAGUAAUACAAGUAAAGGUGGAGCUGUCUACCACGAAGCAGGACAACAUGUCACCGGAACCAGUAAAUGAUCCGUCCUCAGUGACUACACCACACCAUUUCUCAGGGAAGACUACAAAUGAGGAAAUAAACGAUGACUAUCUCCAUAAUAACUCGGAAGUCCCUAUAAAAUCUGAGCCAAGGGACUCCCAGAUCGUCAUAUCUGAUGACUCAAACCCUGCCAUGCAAAGUGAGAGUAUAAUUGAAUAUAAUUUGGUAGGUUUAAGAGACGAUCAAGGUCCUGAUCCCUCUUCACAUGAUGCACUGCAAAGCGAGACAGCUGAUAGAAUUGUUUACUGUCAAUAUUGUGGAAAGCCUUUCGGAAACCGUGGCCAGAUGAAAAGGCAUAUGGUUGUGCAUCAGAAAGACAGGCCAAGGCCGUAUCGCUGUGACUUGUGCGGAAAGUGCUACUCCUAUGCACAGGUGCUUGAGGUCCACCGUAGGACUCAUACAGGGGAAAGGCCGUAUCACUGUAAAUUUUGUGGAAGGCGUUUUAAUCAGAAAGGACACUUAAAGGAGCAUGAAAGAAUUCACACUGGUGAAAAGCCUUUUGGCUGCCCAAUUUGUGGAAAACGAUUCAUUCAGUCCAGCCAAGUCAGAAAACAUGUCAAUUACCAUCAUCCUACAGUGCAGCUGUCAUAAAAGCAGUAAGGUAGCAGAAGGAAAUUGUCAAAAUAUUCAUUGGUAGCCCCUGAACAUGCUAAGCGAUAAGGCCUGUGAUUGGAGCAUUCAUUUGUAAGAGAAUAACCAAAACCUUAAGCAGAACGUAUGCUUCACUUUUUACGCGGACGCAAGGAACAGCGUACAGUACGCGUGACGUAAAUUUCGUCAUGUACGCGCGCCGCCCGAUUUUUCUUGGUAUUCACACGUUGCACAUGCGCAUUUUAUUCUUUUGCACUACUUAGUUGUUCCACAAGGUGGCAGCAGUGACCCGGGGCCGUUGAUUCUCAAUUGUUGAAGAAAAAACGGACGACACGGAAACGAGUGCAGGUUAUAAAGUACAUUUACAUUUAUUCAUUUAGCAGACACUUUUAUCCAAAGCGACUUACAAAUGAGAAAAUACAAGCAAAGUACCCGCAUUGGUAUAAUUUUAGCCUUAAAGUGUAUUUGUAUAUGGGUGCUAAUCGUGGUGAGAGAUUGCCCAAGUGUUGUUCCUCGUAGUAUUGUUAUUCUUCUUCGUUGUCAUCCAAAAAGACCUGAUUUACUGCUCUGUACUGACUCUUGCAGGCCAGGAGGGAUAAUGCAAGUUGUCGUACUGCGAAUGCGUCGACCCCCUGCGUACGCGUACAUGUCAAAUGGAGUAUACUUUGAAAGGCUAUGCGUACGCGUAAAAAAACGAAGCAUACCAGAGGAUUUAGAGAGCAUACAAGCUUGCAAAUGUCUUGACUUCUCACAAACCUAGAGGACAUUGUUUUGCUGAACGAACACCAGGGCAUUUAUCUUUCACUGAGUGACAUAGCCUAUUGAGUUAGUAGUGUGUCUACAUAGUGGCAUAGCAAAUCAAGUGGUUAGACAUCUUUUAUUUUAUUAUUAUUUUUAAUUUUUUGUUACUUAGCCAUAAAAAGAUCCCCCACAUAUAUCAUCCUUUCUGCAUUUAGUAUCUUCUCAUGCAAAGAAAUACAAGAAUCCAGAUUAGAAACAACAGCUUAUAACAAAAUGAAAUUUACAUGAAAAUUAUGUCAUUGUUGUUAUUAUACUAAUUGCUUGUCAGAAUUUCUUUGAACAAGUUUACCUCUGUCAUGUCCAUUGUGCCUUUGCUCUUUCUAUAUGAAAUUAAAUUAAAGGUUUUUUGUUUGUUUUGA